AUCCGCUGGGCAGGAUCCGCCGCGCCGGCUACGGCCGGCAGGGCUGGGAGCCCCGCGCAGGGGAGAAGGUGAGGGGACCGGGCGGGCAGCUGCACAGAGGCCGGGAAAUGAACGCCUGGAACUCUGGCUGGGAGCGGACCCAUGAGCGAAGGACCAAAAGAGCCUCGUGAUCGCCGGACCUGGCUCUGCGACCCCAGCCAUGGGCCAGACCUCGGUCUCUGCGCUGUCCCCGCAGCCCGGCAGCGUUGACGGACUGGACAAAGCUUCUAUAGCAAACUCAGAUGGCCCCACAGCAGGUUCCCAAACACCUCCCUUCAAGAGAAAGGGGAAACUCUCCACCAUUGGUAAAAUCUUUAAGCCUUGGAAGUGGAGGAAAAAGAAGACGAGUGACAAAUUUAGAGAAACGUCAGCAGUAUUAGAAAGGAAGAUAUCCACCAGACAAAGUAGAGAGGAGCUGAUAAGAAGGGGAGUUCUUAAGGAGUUGCCUGAUCAAGAUGGAGAUGUAACAGUUAACUUUGAAAAUUCAAACGGGCACAUGAUCCCCAUCGGAGAGGAAUCUACCCGAGAGGAAAAUGUAGUAAAGUCUGAAGAAGGUAAUGGCUCUGUAGCUGAAAAAACACCACCUCUGGAGGAGAAGGCAGAAGAUAAGAAAGAGAACACUGAAAACCACUCUGAAACACUGGCAGUUCCUGCUCUACCUCCUCCAGCUCCUCCUAAGCCUAAGCCCAAACCUAAACCCAAAAAAACACCUGUGCCUCCAAAAGGGGCCACGACUGGGGCCAGCCACAAAGGUGAUGAAGUGCCUCCCAUUAAAAAAAAUACCAAGGCUCCUGGUAAGCAGGCCCCCGUCCCUCCACCCAAGCCAACAAGCCGAAACACAACUCGAGAGGCUGCUGGUUCCUCUCAUUCAAAAAAACCAUCCGGAUCCAAAGCAUCAGCCUCACCAUCUACAUCAUCCACCUCGUCUCGUCCCAAAGCUUCAAAGGAGACAGUUUCUAGCAAAACGGGGACAGUGGGGACCACAAAGGGCAAGAAAAAAACUGGCAAGCAGCCAACAACUUACCGCCUGUCCUCAGAUGCAGCCACUUCCGGCACAUCUGACCUCCCAGGAGCGCCUUCGGACACCGCAGCGGAGGGUCUGAAUCCUGAGCAGACUGUGGCUGGGGCUGAGGAGCAGACUGCCCGCAAAUCCAAGUCUGCAGUCCCUCCGCCCCCUGUGGCUCCGCCUCCGUCUCCCCCCGCCCCUCCUCUCGCUCCCAAGGAUCAGUGUGUUACUGCCUCAGACCCUCCAGUUGUCCUGGUCAGCGUUGGAGCUGACCUGCCCAUCCCUGCCUUAGACCCAGGUCAACUUCUUUGGGCUGAAGAGCCGACGAACAGAACCACUUUCCACUCAGGCCCUGACUUAAGUGAUGGCCGAGAAAAUGCAAAAUGUUUCACAACCAAAGACGAGUUGACACCUCAGCUACUGACUCCGGGGCUGAUGGGAGAGUCUUCAGAAUCCUUCAGCGCCCUGGAGGAAGAAGGCCAGAGAGAGUACCAGGCCAGUGACUCUGACUCCGACGGGCCCAUCUUGUACACUGAUGAGGAUGAGGACGAGGACGAGGACGAGGAUGGCAGUGGAGAAAGUGCUCUGGCAAGUAAAAUCCGACGAAGGGACACUCUUGCUAUCAAACUUGGCAACAGACCAUCUAAGAAAGAGUUAGAGGACAAAAACAUCUUGCAGCGGACCUCAGAAGAAGAGAGACAGGAAAUCCGACAACAAAUUGGAACCAAGUUAGUCAGGAGGCUUAGCCAGAGGCCCACAACUGAAGAAUUAGAGCAAAGAAAUAUCCUAAAACAAAAGAAUGAAGAAGAGGAACAAGAAGCAAAAAUGGAACUUAAACGCAGACUCAGCAGAAAGCUCAGCCUGAGACCCACAGUGGCAGAGCUACAAGCUCGAAGGAUUCUGCGAUUUAAUGAGUAUGUAGAAGUCACUGAUUCUCCCGACUAUGACCGCCGGGCGGACAAGCCCUGGGCCAGGUUAACACCUGCAGACAAGGCAGCAAUAAGGAAAGAACUAAAUGAAUUUAAAAGCACAGAAAUGGAAGUUCAUGAAGAGAGUCGACAGUUUACAAGGUUUCAUCGUCCAUAAUGAAGCAUGAGACUAUUUUGAGACAUAAACUGAUCAUCUCUGGGGGAAGCCCUGCUUCCUGAACACCUGAUAUUUGCACUGGGAUUGGAACGUGGUGUUUCCCUUUAACUUCUGGUGAAGGAAGUGUGUGACCCGGCUGUUUUGGAAAGUGCUCCUCACCUGUGCGGCCCAGAUGGGGCCAACGAGCAAACGGAAGAUGCGGUGACCCUUGCUGCCCGGAUUGUGUAUCGAUGGUAGGGGACACCAUGGUUACAUCAGUUAUUCUUCAUCAAGAGUUGUAAUCAAAGAAGAUGAGCAGAAGACAAUCGCUGGCUACACCAGAAAGCCAAAUUUUAUAAUGCAGGUUCAAGAAAAAUAAGAGAUUGGAAUCGGUGGGCGUGGGAAAGGGGUAGGAAUAAAGACCAGAAAGGAAAAGAAAUAUUUCAUUAUGUUAAUGAAGACAAGAGAAAAUUGACACAUAAAUGUAUUUUUGAAGUAGGCAUUUGGUAGCUGAGAGCUUAUUAAGGGACUUGGGAAUCUAAUUAUUCAGCAUGGAUUCUUUAAAGACUUGGUCCUAGAAGAAAAUUCUUGUUUCACCAUUUUGUUGGUACAGUGCUGUACCAUUAUUUUAUGUUGUGCCAGUGAUCCAAUUGCCAGAAAUGUCUGAAUGUUUUCAUGCAUCUUUUUCUUAAGUGCAAGAGGCUUCUAUUGACUCUUAACAAGCAUGCUUCCCCAAAUUUUGUUGCAUGCUUUAAAUAGCAUAGCUAUACACACUUGACCUUUUUUUAUACUCCUUUCCUAAUGUACCAAGCUUCCACCAGGAGAGCAGGACUGGGAAUAAAGGCAGAUGUAAUGUGACCCUAUAAACUGCAGCAAGCUUCAGAAGUCAAUCUUUUGCUCUUUAAUUAUCUUCACUGUCAAUGCACCCACACUUGAUCUAACGGAGAUAGUAUUGACAAUCCUUCUGCCUUUUUAAAAAACCUGAACCCAGCGUUAAAAUGUAAACAAGAUAUGCAAAUGUGCUGCCUGGUUAAUUCUGAGUGGGAAUGCAAAGGACCAGUGAUUUUUCAGUGCUGCAUUAAAAAAAAAAAAAAGUUGGGUUGCUGCUAUUUAAAAACUUAAAGCACAGAGAUCAAAAAAAUACUCACUCAAAGGCUCAAAGAACACAAAGUUUCUGCUAUUUGGGGUGUGAGGAAAACCCCGUCUUGUAAUUUAAGAAUCUGCAGGCAAGCAUCCAUGCCUGUAGUACAGUAUUCACUUUCAGUGUAAAGCCAUCAGUGAGACUGAAGUCAUGGAAGGUUUCCCUGUGAGCCUACAGUCAGUAUUGUUUACAUGAAGAACCCUCUGUUGUUGCAUUGCUAUUUUCCAUGAAGUCACGAGCACAGCAUGAUUUCUGCUCCCAAAUGCAUAGGACCAUGUGUAAAUACCACCUGGCAUUCAAUUGUUCUUUCAGUUGUUUGGUCCCCAAACACAUGAAAUUUAUAGCAAGGCAAGACCUAAGUAGAGCUUAUUCUCAGAGCCUGGACUAGAAUUUUCUAAAAUUUCUCUGGUUCAUAACGUGGAAGACUAUAAUUUUUUAUUUCAACCCACAAGUAAGCAUUUAAUCUGCUGGAUACAUUUAGAUCUGCCAUUCAUUGGUGUUUUGAAGAACCAUUUGAAAUUGAAUGAUUUUGUUUAAAAAUUUGUUAUCUGGGGCGGUGCCUGUGGCUCAAGGAGUAGGGCACCGGCCCCAUAUGCCGGAGGUGGUGGGUUCAAACCCAGCCCUGGCCAAAAACCGCAAAAAAAAAAAAAUUUUGUUAUCUGGCUUAGAAGCCCAUUGAGUAAAAAAGAAAAAAACAUUGUUUAGCCCCAGUUGGCCAAUUAUCAAAACCCAGAAUCAUUUUAUAACUAAGAAAAGUAAUCAGGAUCAUUCUGGCGGUUAUUGCCCUCAGCUAUGUGCAUUAAUGAAAUAAACCUGGAGUCUGCACUAUUGUCAUUUCACUGACAGGGUGAGACAUGCUUUUGCUUUGAAAAACAUUUUUCUGUAUGGCCAAGUAUCUGUUUCUGCCUGCAGUUUUGUCUAUCUUAAAGUGUUUCAAUCCCGCCGUAAAAAUGAACUUACUCUAAUUUUUUUCCAAAGUCAUCCUUUUCCUUAUGAUAUUUUGUUGUAUUAUCAUUUUAGUAUCUUGAAGGCAAUAUCAAAAAACAUGUUUCUUUUCAUUUUCUAUGCUUAUAACCUUUGAACACUUUUUAAAACAUUUUAAUCACAAGGCCUUUCUAUAAUGGUCAAUGUAAGGCAUUAUCACCAUGUUAUCACUCAAGAUACAUAUUAUUGUAAGUUUCUAGCUGGUUGAUAAAAGGAACAAUUUUUUUCCCCACUAGUAGUGUAUAUGAUACAAUUUUUUUAUUCUCUACAAUGAGAUACACCUAGUAUAAAAAUUAAAAAUCUGGUUUUCGUUGUCUAUGUGAGAUUUCUGAACUACUCACACCUUUUCUUCAGACUCAUUGAUGCAUUUAGAGAAAAUUUUGUAAGUUAGAAGUUUAAAAGUGAAAAUAAAAAAAAAAUAACAACUAAUCACUGUUAGGCUACUAUUUAAGUAAUUGGAACUACCAAUUAUUUCAUUAGAAUGACUCAUUAAAUAAUAACUAUGGAAAGAAUUAAAGGAUUAUGAGCUAAACGGUAUUUUACAGAAUACAGCUCUGUUUCAAUAGUGCAUUCUUUUUUUUUUUUUUUUUUUUUUUUUUUUUUGUAGAGACAGAGUCUCACUUUAUGGCCCUCGGUAGAGUGCCGUGGCGUCACACAGCUCACAGCAACCUCCAACUCCUGGGCUCAGGCGAUUCUCUUGCCUCAGCCUCCCGAGUAGCUGGGACUACAGGCGCCCGCCACAACGCC